CGUUGCAAGGUGUCUGACUAGUAAGUGGCGUUUUACUUUCCAAUUCAAUAUUGUGAUACUUUUUCCUCAGUUUUAUUUUAUAAACGUGCUUUAUUUAAGACCAUCCAGUUAUUCUUAAUUCAAAAUCCCAGUAAAAUGAGUAGAUACCGUGAAUGGGACCCACAGUGCAAAGUUUACGUAGGUAAUUUGGGAAACAAUGCCUCAAAAAACGAAUUGGAAGAUGUUUUUUCUAAGUAUGGGCCUUUGAGAAAUGUUUGGGUGGCAAGAAACCCUCCAGGAUUUGCAUUCAUUGAAUUUGAAGACCCAAGAGAUGCUGAAGAUGCUGUUAGGGGACUGGAUGGAACAAGAUGCUGUGGUGCAAGAAUUAUUGUCGAGAUGUCUAAUGGGAAGUCCCGUUCAAGGUACAAUCGCAGAAGAUCUCCGGCAAGGAGGUCAAGGGAAGUCAUCUGUGCAUCUCCUAAUUUUGUUUGUCGAGUCUUAUCCGUCAAGGUCCCCAUGGAAAAAGAGGGCGCUUUCGAGAUCCAGAUCAAGGUCUCGCUCACGCAGCAUCCCGUGAGUAAAUUAGUAAAGGAAUCGGUUCCUUUUGAAACCAUUUCAUACGGGCCAGAAGAAACAUCCCGAGUAGAUAUUUAUGGCACUUCACUAUCAAAAGACUCACCAAUAUUUGUCUACAUUCAUGGUGGAUACUGGCAGGAACUUAGCAAAGAUAUUUCUAAUUACCCAGUCCUGCCGCUAGUGGAAUCAGGAAUAAGGGUUUUUGUUCCAGGUUAUUGUUUAGCUCCAGAAGCAUCAGUCGGUGAUAUAAUAGAACAGAUAAAGAGAUUGGGCGAAUAUGUUCUGAAAGAGGCUACUCAAUCAGGCACCAGGUCUGUUUGGUUUGGAGGGCAUUCUGCUGGGGCACAUCUUGCUGCUUCUCUAUUGGAUGAAGAAUGGUUCAAACGAUUUGAUCAGAAAGUUCAAAACAUCUUCAAAGGCCUUAUCCUCAUAAGUGGAAUUUAUGACUUAGUUCCGAUAGUACAGACCUAUGUAAACGAGCCUUUGAGAUUAGAUGAGAAGAAAUGA